AUGUCUUCAAGAAGGUCAUUGACAUUACAUGAAAUUGCUACAGUUCUUGAGGAAGAUGAUGAUUUUAGCAACCAGAGACAAGAUUUUGAUAUUUUUUUACUUCCACCUGACACCGCCAAUGAUUACCAAACUGACGAGGACUCGGGUGAAGAAGAUAACGUCAGCAUAAAUAAUUUGCCUGGAAGUUUGCUUCGAGCUCCAGCGGAGCUUGCUGCCUCAACCUCAAUGGAAAAACCAGAAACUGAGGACCAAACCCCUCCCGAAUUUCAAGAACCUUUAAAAAAACGUGUCAUGAAUUACAAUUGGCGAAAACGAGACUUGCAGCUAAGACCUAUUGUUUGGAAACCCCUUUAUCAUACUCCUAUUGAAAGAAGCCCGAUAGAAUGGUUUUCUUUAUUAUUUUCAGAAGAAGUAUUUGAGAUGCUUACUAUUGAAACCAAUAGAUACUUAGCACGAGGUUACAUUGCAUGGUUUGAACCAUACCAAGGUGCUUCUACAUUUACGAAUGCCCAAUAUUACCAGCUUGGUCUUGGUGCAAGUGUGGUUUUGUCUUAUGCAGAUCAACUAGCAACAUUAGGCUAUGGAAAAAACUACCAUCUCUUCAUAGAUAACUUUUUUACCGGUUUGCCUUUGGUUCAUGAACUUACUGAGAGGGGAUUUCGUGUAACUGGUACUAUCAGAGAAAAUAGAUCUGGAAAGUGCCCUCUAUUAAGUAACAAAGAAGCAAAGACAAAAGAAAGAGGCUUUUAUGAUUAUCGCAUAUCUGAUGGUAUUAUAAUUUGCAAGUGGCAUGACAAUAGUAUAGUGUCAGUAUGCUCUAAUGCAGUUGGUGUUGAUCCUGUCCACAAAACUGAACGCUAUUCUCAGCAACUAAAAAAGAAAAUAUCUGUUUCUCAACCUCAUCUCAUUCAACAAUACAAUAAAAAUAUGGGUGGAGUAGAUUUAUCAGAUCAGAAUAUAUCGUCAUUGCGAACUAGCAUUCGAGGAAAAAAGUGGUAUAUGCCUCUGAUUCUCCAUUGUAUAGACAUGUCUGUACAAAAUGCAUGGCUGCUGUACAGACAUAAUGGAGGGAAUAUCGACUUGCUAAACUUUCGACGUCGUAUUGCAAACUAUAUUAUCGAUUGUAAUAAACAACGCGAAAGGCCAGGUCCUAGUCGACCAUCUUCAAUAACAUCAGACUCUCGAUACGACGGCAAAGAACACUAUGUCAGCAAGCAGGAAAAGAGGACCAGGUGUGGCCUAUGCCACAAACAAUGUCCUACAAGAUGUGUCAAGUGCAAUAUCGGUGUCCACGUAGAGUGCUUUAUUAUGUAUCACACCAAAAAGUAA